UGGAAAUCGUCCAAACACAGCUCUUUCGGUUAAUGGCCUUUAAAAUAGAUCUUGGCGAACUUAGACCGUUCGAACCGAUCACUAUUGUCUAACAUGGCUCAGACAAUUCAUCGACGAACAUAUAAUCUCGACAAGUCAAAACAAGCCCAAGACGACGUUAAGUUGAUGGAAAUCGAAGCCAACUAUGCGGAUCAGACGAUGCAGGCGGCUACCAUGGAAGUAAUGGUGGCAAGUUCGAGAUUGCAAACAGCUCAGGAAGACGUGUCGUACGCGGCAUCGAUGUUACACAGUUCACGACUUCAGUUCAUUGAAAACGAUAAGAUGCUUAUGGAUGCCAGGAAAAAAGCCGACGUCUUGUCCGCCAUGAUGAGAUCCGUUAAGACCGACUCUGUUGCUCGGAAAAUAAUGGAUGAUAACUUUGAAGGUGCUUCUACGGAAAUUAGUAGAAAUUAGAGGGAUAAGUUGUCUUGAAAAUGUGCCAACAGUACAUUUCUCUUUGCUCGUUGUUAGUCCACAAAAACCAUUUAUAGUUGUAUUUUAUAAUUAAACCUGUUUUUUAUUUUGUUUGUAAAUGUCGAUAAGAAUGUUUUAUCCUCCAUACAAGUAGUUCAAUAUGUUUCCUAUACAGCACAGCUUACGUUGAACGUUGUUGCAAAAUAUAUUAUGUUCAACAUGUUAAAUACUGAAUGCUUUUGAAGUCUGUCGAAGGGUGUGUGUUCAAGCGAUUAAUAUUUCAUUAUAUAAUAAUAAUUUAAAUUAAUAAAC